CGCAAAAGUAAUUCUCCUACUUUUACAUUUGCGUCACCUUGUAUAUGUAUAUUGUAUAUGUAUUCUUCUUCUUCUUUCCAUCCAUUUAGUUUGUUAUCAAUUUACUGUGAAAUGCCGCUUCUUCUUCAUCUUCAAAUUUGCUUUGCUGUGUUAUUCUUGUCUUCUUAUCAUAUUGUUGUUGUUUGAAUGAAUUUUUAGUUAUUUUUGCGGAUUUGUUUUCGUAUAAAAUUAUUAAGAACAAUUAUAAAGAAGCUACAAAAGCUAUACUGAAGACGUAGCCAUGGAGCUACAUGGGACUCAGGUUGUAAAAUACGUUUUAUUCGUAUGCGUUUUGCUGGCAUUGCUCUCAACAAGUGCAGUUUGCGGCAAACGUCUUCAUGAGAAGAUCUACGAGUCAUUCUUUGGAGGCUCUUGUUUCCGACGUCUUAACGGUACCCACCAAACUGGAUGUUCCUCUGCUGAAUCUGGCUCAGUGGGAGCUCUGCACUAUGUUGACGAUAAUAAUCAACUGGAAUUCCUUUUGAACUCACCACCUGCUCCACCGUAUGCUGCCAUUUUAAAAUCUGAUUUCUUUACACGCCCAAACAUGAUGCGGCUCAAAAAUGAAGGUGGCCGUAACAUAACUGCAGUCAUUGUUUUGAAUGCCUUCAAUAACUAUACCGGAGACACCGUGAGUUUCUCACAUGAACUGAAGUGUCCAAAUCAAUUUAGUGGCAUUUUGAAGCCCAAUAGUGUGGAGACAUCCACCUGUUCCGCAAUGCGUCCCGAAGACACCUGGAAUCCAUGGGGUUCUGGGUUGUUGCAUGAAGAUUUUCCUUUUCCCAUCAUAAUUAUACCGGAUAAUGAAACAGUUGUCAGACUCAUAGAAUGCUUUAAGAGAUUUAACAGCUUCGAUUAUGAAAAUCAACAUUUGCGUAGCCUCUGUGCAGUGGAAAUUAAAAGUUUUAUGAGUGCUGCUGUCAGCACGGAAGUUUGUUGGAGACGUUCAAAUUACAUAAAUAAUUUGGCACAAACAAGAUACUGUGAUCCGCUGGAGGGUAAAAAUAUCUAUGCUACUCUAUUUCCGCGAAAAAUUGUCGAUGUCCAAGAAGAGGACGAUAAGAGAGCAGCUCAAGUUGAUCGUAAUGAAAAAUUCAUAAUUGUGACCACGCGAAUGGAUACAACUGGAAUGUUUGAAGGUGUAUACGGUGUUGGUGCAAUGGACUCCCUAACCGGCUAUACAAUUCUCGUCAGUGUGGCCCACACCCUAUCACGUCUGCUGAGCGACAAAAAACAAUUACAAAAUUCCAAAUUGAAUAUUCUCUUUAUGAUAUUCAAUGGUGAAUCCUAUGACUAUAUUGGCUCGCAAAGAUUCGUCUAUGAUUUGGAAAAUUUAUAUUUCCCCAAACCGUCAACACAUACGGCCCCCAUUACAUUUGAUAAUAUUGAAUUUAUUUUAGAUUUGGGUACAUUCGAUGAUAUCACAAAUAUUAAAUUGCACACCCUCUCCGAAUUCCCCCAGGCCAAAACAUUGUUGACGAAACUGCAGAAAUAUGGCAAUACCCCGAAAUAUGAUUUCAAUAUCAAUUUCCAAAGUUCAGUGGGCUAUCAAAUGCCACCAACAUCGGCACAAUCUUUCCUAAGGAAAAAUCUCUCAUUUCCUGCUGCAAUUCUGAAUGGCCCGCCGAAAAAUCGUUUCUAUCAUUCCGUCUAUGAUGAUGGGGCGAAUUUAAAAUAUAAUUAUACAAAUUCAUCAUUGGACUACACGAAGUUGAUGGGACAAAAUGAUGCUUUGAAAUAUUUCCACCACGAAGAUGUGCAAAUGAAAAUUCGCAAUGUCUCCGCGGUCAUUGCAAUGUCUUUGUACGAAAUGUUGGCGGGCAAGGAAUACAUUGGCGAAGAGCUACCCAGCCCGGUGUUGAUUGAUGAAAUCCUAUACUGUUUUAUAAAAUCACAAAAUUGUCCCCUCUUUUAUGCCGCCUCAAAGCCAAAUAGUUUUACAAAGUUGCCUUUGAUUGCACCAAAUCGCUACAUAAGUGUAAAUAGAGAUAGCCAGGAGGCCACCAUUUGGACUUAUCGCAUCAUGGGCUAUUUGUUGUCCCAAAAAAUACCCAAUGCCAGCCAGGAGAAUUGCACACAAUUGCCAAAAUAUUGGUUUGCUGGCUAUAACAAACAGGGAGAAUGUGGUAUAACCACACAAAACUUUUCUCUAGCCUUAAGUCCUGCAUUUAUCAUAGAAAACUACAACUGGAGCUCUGGUGAAUAUUCAACUUGGUCUGAGUCAACAUGGAGUUCGUUGAGCUCUCGCCUAUUCUUACGUCCGUCCCGCACCCAUGAAAUUAUCACCUUAACCACCGGCAUUGUGGUGUUUUUCAUUUCGUUUUGUCUAAUUUAUAUUAUCAGCACAAGAUCUGAAGUGUUAUUUGAAGAUCCUGGACCAAAUGCUAGCACGGAUGCGUUAAACCCACCAACAGCUUGUUAAUAUGACCACCAUCACAGUUUACUCCAUAUCACCAAUUCUAAAGACACAGUUUUUAGCACUACCACAACAACUGUUCACACUGACAAACGGCAAACUGUAACAAAUUUAUUAAACAGCUAUGCAGAUUUUAGUAUAGCCAAGUCUAUAGUUUUGCUAAAUAUGUGUUGUGUUUAAACAAUUGUAUUAAGUUUUUAGAUUUUUUUUAUUAAAAAAAAAACAUGAUGAUAUAUCUUUUCAUUUCAUGUUCAUUAAAUAGGUGUAUAGAACAUUUUGGGAUUUAACAAAAUUGGUUUCAUUUUUAAAUUGUUUUUUUUUUCAUUAUAUUUAUAAUUUGUAAAAUCAGGCUCUCGGAUUAGUUCUCCGAUUAUUUCUUUGAUAACUCUCUUUUUUGUAUUUGUUUGGUUUGAAGUUAUUAAAAAGUUAAAUUGUUUCCAAUUUUUUUUAACGUUCCGAUAUUGCGACUUUUUUCGUUAGCCAUCAUCAGGGAUUGUUUCAAUUUUUGGGUGACCUAUUAAAUAAAUUCAAUUUUGUGUAAUCUAAAAGAAGUCAUUGCGCCACCAUAAACUAUUCCAUGACCUUUCAUACAUUUUUUCUUAUUUUAUAAUUCUCUAUGCUUUUCAAAAGCACCACUCAUUUUGAUAUUUUUUUCACACAUACAAAUUUGUCCAUUACUUCCAAAUUCUAAAGAAUAUCUAAUUAUUUUUAUGAUCUACAUAUAAUCAUAUCCAUUAUUUAUAUCUCUUAAAAACUUCUUAAAAAAAAGAAAAUUACUAAAAACAUUUGUAAACUGAUAAAAGACGUUUAUACAUAUAUACAAAAUAUAACGGUAGUGACAAACCUUUUUUUUUCUAAAAUUAGAAUAAAUGAUAACUAUAAAAAGAAAUAAAAAAGAUAAAUUUAUAUUUUGUUAAAAACAUUAUUGUAUUAUAGUUAGCUUAACAACAAAACUAAAUUUUAUUAUAAUAUAUACAUAAAGAUAUAUUUAUAUACAUUUCAAAUUACAUAAAAAUGUAUUCUUUUCCAGCUAGUUUGCUGUAAAACAAGCAUAAAUAAUACAUUCAACAUCAUUUUUUUAUAAUUGUAUAUAAUUAAAUAUAUAUUUUAAAAUACAAAAACUCAUAACAAAUAAAAUACAUCAGGAUUUCUCAAACUGAAUAAAAUUAAAAAAAAAAUAUUUUAAGAAAAAACAUCACGCUAUUUCUUGAAGCAAAUGUAUUUAAUUUAUAACACAUAGACAUAUAAAAAUAACUAGACCUUGUUCAACUCAAUACAAUAAUAAGAAAACAACAAAAUAUUAAAAAAAAAAACAACAACACUCUAAAGUUUGCCAAGGCAAUAAGGACACACAAAGUGACUAUAGUAUAUUUAAUAUUUUUCUUGAUUUUUUUUUUACAUUAAAACAAAUACCAAUAAUAACUAAAUUUUCAACUCUGUAACAAUAAUUUAGAAAAGCCAAAUAAAAAUAUACGUAAUAUAUAAAGCAAAA